AUUGCCAACAGUCAAAGUAUCACAAAUAAUUAUGGCAUUACAAACAUAUGAAUGUAAUUACAUGUUCUAGUUGCUGUUACUUGACAGUUUAAUUUUGUUUUAAUUCGUGUUACGUUAAUUUCAAGUAUUAUUAAAUUUCUUUUCAAGAAAUGUGUUUAUCAUGGUUUCUGGAGAAGAUUGUUCAUGCACGGACGCAACAGAAUCUUCUGACAUAACAUCUCUGCAGACAGAACCUACUUAUUCGGUUAAUACCAAUGUUAAGGAACCUCUUUGUGAUCCUGUGAAUAGAGAGGACGAUCCUUUUCAACAACUUAACUUUAAAGACUGUAAAUGUCGAGAGAUACAUUCAGCUGUACACCACGGAGCAUCUCUGGAACCGUACAAGAAAGAUUUACCGAAAGAGAAGAGUCCGGUGGAGCCGUCUUCAAAUCCAUGUUUAUGUCACGGUCACAAGAUAGCUUAUACUUUACCUUUGAAGUACAGAGAUGAUAAAUCACGACUAUUUUGGUGUCCCUUUAAGUGGAAGUGGCCAAGGAAGGAAUACUUAGAAAGUAAAGACAAAUCAUACAAAGUGAAAUUAACACCAAAGAAAUGUCCCCAUUAUGCGGAGCCCUUCAUGUGCUGUGAAAUAUCAGAAGGGAUACCAAAUAAAAAGAAACACGAUGCGCCAGAAUCAGUCAAUACACCACCAAAGACGGAAAAGGAAAAAGUGGAAGUAACUGAGAAAAUUGACAUCUAUUACUUCGAUCAUGGGAACUCUGCAUAUUAUCAAACGACGGAUUCACCGCCGAUAUUAGCGACCGAGAAAUGCGCCGAGAAAACCGACCAAGCAGCGACUCGCUUUUGGGCCGAGAUAUUUGGGACUAUUCAUAUCGGCACUGCUUUCAUCACAGCGUUUAUUCUACAAUUGGUUCGAUUUAUACUUUACAGUAUAAUCCGACCGCUGACUGUAGGCAUCUUGCAAUUGUUGGCGGACUAUUUUAUAAAACCUCUAUUGUCGAUUGUGUUCAAUGCCCUGAUACAGCCUGUAUUGAUAUUGUUAUACAAUAUUGCAACGUCUUUCAAGGAUCUUUGCGAGCCUAUCGCAGAAGCGAUAGGGCUGUUCCUACGGGAGAUUGCACACGUGUGUGCGGCGAUUCGAAUCGUCGAGGUGAAACAGGGUACCGCUCCCUCGGUUGCUUGCACUUGAUGAUCGAAUAGAAGAAAACGCGAAUUCUCAAUGACGAAGAAGGGAAUAAGGUACCAAACUCAUAAUCCCUUCUUACGACUCGUAAAAAAAUAGCACCAUGCAAAUGUUGGCUUAGGGAAGUUGCUUCGGAAUCUCUGUUUCCAAACUAAUUUAUUUUAAUUUUAUACCUCUCUACCCUGUACUGUAUCUGUCUUUCAUUGUUUGAGGUUCAGAGGUGAAAAAAGGACGACCUAUUAUAUCUAGGUGAUUGACAUUAUCUUGGUAUUUGAACGAUUAUGAAGGAAUCGAGGUAAAACUGAACCGCGAUUAAAUAGAGUAAAACAAAUCUAACCCAUUAAGAUCCAAACGUGUUUGCUAAGUACAGGCCUUUCUAUUAGGCAUUGUUAUUUAGAAUAUUUACGAGGCCAUAUUUAGAAAGAAGAAAAAACGUUGCGAAGGAAGAAAAAGCGUUCUCUUGAACUUUCGAGAUUCCAAAACUCUUUAGACAGCAGAUAUUGCAUCGACUAAAAGGAUUUUGUUGGAUCCCAAAGGGUUAAGAAGUAACUAAAUCCUUUUAUCACAUGUGCUUAUAAAAAAAAAACUUAAUAUACAGCGUAAUUUGUGCGUAUGAAUGGUCACGUCAAGCAAAUUAUAAACUUCAUCCGAUGACCUUCCGUAGAUGAUGAUAAAUUAUCUGGAUCAUCGAUUCGAGAAGGCAUUGUCCCAGGAUACAAUGAUGUGAACUGUAGAAGAUUCGGGAACAGCUCGGUAGCAGCUGUUCGAGUUUCAACGAAUAUAACACAUGCCUUAACACCAGGUAUAUAUUUGGUAUUGUUUAAACUUUACAAUAUUAUCAUCAGUUUCAUUCAUUUUGUUAUUUUUUGCUUUUUUUCUUUCUUUUUUUGUUUUUACAGAACAAAUUAUCCUCUUAUAGCAACUAACUUUGUCAAUAAUAAUUAAUAAUCAUCCUUCGUCUCUUUCGUAUAUCUUACUGUUUAAUAAAUUAUGUACAAU